UGAAAUCCUUGUUUUCAAUUGUCCCUCAUUUACUCAAUGUUGACAUGUUUGAUCAAAUCAAUUAGCAUGCAUACUUAUGUUGGACAUGCGCUGAAAUCUCAGGAUCAAUCCUAGAAAAAUUAAAGCUCAGCUCUUGACUUAGUUCGCCUUAAUCGAUAUUGAUAUAGAAACUGUAACUACAAAUAUGAAUUUCAGGUUUUUCAACUUUGGUGGAAGCAGCAACAAUAACAAACAGAAGGCUGGUGGUCAGAAGUCUCCAGUCCCAAGCCCAAGUCCUAAAAGAAGAGGGAGCACAAACAGCGAUAUUGUCCUUGCGGGUCCUCGAAUUCUGUCCCACCAUUCAUACAGUACAGGGAAUCUUCAGCAGUUGGAUCCUGACACCCCUCCUAAUGUUCCUGGCAGGUAUGUUGUCACCCCUUUAUCUGUUCUGGUAAAUAACAUGAACUCAUCGAGAGGAGGUGGUCCAGAGAGUAGAUUAUACAUGAGCACGUAAAGCAUUUGUCUAAUAUUGGUAACACACCUCCAGUGAAACUUUUCUCACUUACAGUGUUUUGUAUCGAGCAUACAUGUUUAUUCACUCAUCUAAGUUUUCUUUAUGUUGAAUUCAUGAAUUCUGUGAGUGCAAUUGGAAAAUUCCGCAAUUGAAUAAGGCCAAAUUCACAGGAUUUCAUAUGGAGAAUAAAACAACACUGAAACAAAUUGAAAUAAUCAUUUUCCUUUUUG